AUGUCCUCCCUUCGCAGUGGCCCCAAGAGGCAGGGUCGAAUCAAUCCGAAGCAAAUCUCGGCCCCAAUCGCUCAAGAUGCCGGGAUAUCGCAGCGGGGGCCACCUCCCGGUCCAGGAGGUCCUCCACCGAGGCCCAGUGCCGAUCUUGCUCCCGAUGCUCGCCGUCGGCCUGCGCCCCAGGGCGGCAAGGUGAACUUCGACCUCGUCAAGCGCCGCUACUCGACUCGAUUCAACAACAAUCAGCCCAUCAACUUUGACCUGAGCACGCCGCCCAUGCCUAAUGCGAGCGCUUUUGACGGAUACAGGCCGCAGGAUAGAGACAGGUCUCGCAAUCGAGAGCGAUCGCGCACGAGGGAGCGUGGUGGAGAUCGGGACAGGGAGCGCCGGCCACCCCCUUCCCGCGGUGGAGGCAAUGUGCCCGCGGUUGACCUAAAGGACCUGCGGGACCCCAAGUUCAAUGCCGAGCAAUAUGUUUCUGAAGCGCUCGCAGACGUGGACGAAGAUCAGAUUCGAGACUUUGAGGAUACUCUCCAGAAGCUCAAACAACGCGCCGCUACUGAUCUCCAGCAAAACGUUCUCCAGAACCGUACGCAGUUCAUCAAGAUCAGCAAGGAGGCAGAGAAACUCAAGGGGGAGAUGAGGACGCUGAGGAACCUGAUGGCGGAGCUCAAGGCCAACACGACAGCGCUCCGCACCAGCUCAACGACGGCUGCGGCAGGCGGGGACCUGGCGCUCGACGGGGAGCUGACGUCGACGAUGAGCAAGCGCGACAAGCGGAGUUCCGUGGCCGAUAGGAGCGCGCUAUGGAACUCGCAGAUGCAAGCUCUGUACAAGAACGUGGAAGGGUCGCAAAAGUUCCUUCCCAACGCGUCGGGCCGGCACGUCAUCCAAAACGCGGGCCCGUGGAUCGAGCUGGACAACGCAACCUACAAGUCCCGGCGCGCCAUGCAAAUUUUCCUCCUCAACGACCAUCUCCUGAUCGCGUCGCGCAAGAAGAGGAAGACGGAAGGAGGCGGCGUGGACAACCGCGGGCCCGUGGUCAAGCUAGUGGCGGACCGGUGCUGGCCGCUGCUGGACAUUGAGAUUGUGGACAUGGCCGGGUCUGGGGACUCGUCGACGAGCCGGACCAAGCUCGCCGACACCAUCAUGGUCCGGGGCAUGGGCCAGGACUCCUUCAUCUACCGGACGGAGAAGCCCGAGGACCCGGAGAAAGGAAGCCUACUCCUCAACAUUCGAAAGGCGGUCGAGGAGCUCAAGAAGAGCCUGCGCUCCGAGAUGGAGGCCAACAACAAGGCCAAGGAGACCAUCAACUACUUUGCCUCGCGCGACCCGGGCCUCCUGCAAAAGACGGAGCUCCUGGAGACGCUGUCCGACAUCAAGGACAUGCUCAUCGAGGUGGACGGGAAGCAGCAGAACCUGCGGUGGGUCGAGAGCCAGAUGGACGAGCUCGACAUCGACAUCGCCCUCCAGAAUCUCGAGCCGGCCGUGGCCCGGGUGGAGAAGCUCAAGAACCUGUCCCGGAGCCUCAAGAACAAUGCCGUGGCCCAGGACUUUAUCAACUUCAAGGUCGAGGAGCGGUGCGCGCGGCUGUCGGCGCUCAUCACGCGGGAGCUCGAGGCUUCGCACAAUGAGCAGUCCAAGACGCGACGCAACGUCGACUGGCUGACCCGCCUCGGCUUCGAGGACGGGGCGAGGGAGGCGUAUCUUACGGCGCGAAGCGAUAUUAUCCAAAAGCGUUCGAGGCAAUGCAUCUUCCAGGGCGAUCUGCACCUCUACAUCUGGGAGGUGUCCUACGUGUACUUCCAAAUCAUCCGCAACACGGUCCUCUGCUUCCAGGCGUGCUUCCCGCCGUCCAUGAUGAGCGCGUGCGUCAAGUGGGCCAAGACGGAGGUGGAGGCCUUCAACGUGAUUCUGGCUAGGCAGCUCAGCGGGACGGAACGCGAUAGCCCGGUGUGGAAGGAGUGCAUGGAGAGGGCGCACGAGCACGCGAGGCUGCUGUCCGAGGUCGGGCUCGACUUCCGCAACCUCGUGGGCAAGGAACUCAAGCAAGGUGCCAAGGGAGCCAGCAGCCCUGCAGGGCUGGGCCUCAAGUAA